CCCUGUUAGGCCACCAUAGAUUACACUUUCUUCAAAAUGGCUGCGCCUGUUGACAACGAUUUAAUGGAAAGUGAUGUACCAAAAGCGGUUCAGCUGCUGAGAAGUCUGACAGAACAGGUUGCCUCAGUUACAAUUCAUGUCCGCGACCUGCUGACAAAAGUAAGAGAUGGGACAUUUAAGACAUCAAAGGGUUUGUCUUUCUUAGACCUUCGGUAUCACCUGCUUCUUUUCUACCUCCAAGACCUCACUCAUCUCAUCGCCAUCAAAACCGAGGGAGGCAAAAUAAAAGACAGUGACGCUCUUAACAGAGUGGUCUCCGUCAGAACGGUCCUGGAAAAGAUGCGACCACUAGAUCACAAACUUAAAUACCAGAUUGACAAACUCGUGCGUACAGCUGUCACUGGAAGUUUGGCUGAAAAUGAUCCGCUGCAGCUGCGUCCUAAUCCUGAGAAUCUCAUCAGCAAACUGAGUGAAUCAGAAGAGUCGGACGCUGAAGGAGAGAACAAAACCGCCGCAGAGAAGAAAGCAGCCCACUCUAGUGGCAGGAAAUAUGUACCACCGAAGAUUGCUGCAGUGCAUUAUGAUGGCGACAUGACAGAAGCUGACAGAAAGAAGGCUCAGGUGGAGCGGCAGAAGCGGGCUGCCCUCAGGAGCUCUGUGAUCCAGGAGCUGAGACAGCAGUACAGCGACGCCCCCGAGGAGAUCAGGGAUAGAAGAGACUUCCAGAGCGAUCGGGACAGCCGCGAGGAGCUGCACAGGUGUUUUUCUUGUUUCCUUAAUAGAAACAGGAAAAACUAUGAGGAGUCUAUGAUGGUGCGCCUCAACAUGCCCAAACAACAGAAGAAUUCUAAAAAGAGAGGCAGGAUGUCUAUGUCUGGCCAGCUGAGUGGUAUAACACACUUCGGUGACAUAACAGCACUGACGGGCGGCGAUGGCGGACAGGAUGGAGACAACCCUCGGCCCAAGAAGAAGAAGAAUAUCAUGAAGAAGAAAACCAAAAGAAAAGCUUUUAGGAAGCACAGAUAGACCAGAAAUGUGAAUCAAGAUCAAAUGACAACACAGAGGAUUCCUUACAAGCCCAUUGUUUCUGUCAAUAUCAUUUCUUCAAAUGUAUUUUUUUUUUUCUAACUACAGUUAAUUAAUACUGGGUCACCUAUGUAGUCUGUAUGAAAGUGACUGUUUGUGAAAUUAAAGUUGACUGUUGUCUCUGA